CUGAAAGACUUGGUAUUGACCGGGUGUUUUUUAACAUAGUUAAUUAUACAGUAUAUUUGGACUAGUGCUGGAACUUCUAUACACAGUAAGCUAGGAUACACACAGGGUGGAAACAACAGCAAAGCAACAGGGCAUUCUUAAAUCGAAACACACGGGGGAUGAGAACCCAUUUAGCUUUAUGUCUGCGACUUGCAGCAAUUUUUGGAAUAUGUUUACACGUGGGUGCUGUGGAACGAGAAUAUUUCAUGGCUUCUGAAGAAGUGGAUUGGAAUUACGCACCAACCGGUGCCAAUAAUCAAAACUCUGACAAACAAGAAUAUGCCGACAAGUUUAUAAAAAACGAUGCUCAUCAGAUUGGAGCAACUUAUAGAAAGGUCGUGUAUAAACAUUACACAGAUGACAAAUAUAUAGUGGAAUGGCCGAAACCAGAACAUAUGGGUUUGGUGGGACCAAUAAUCCGUGCCGAGGUCGGGGAUGUGUUAAAAAUUCGAUUUAAAAAUAAAGCAACUCGCGCAUACUCCAUUUAUGCACACGGUGUGUCAUACAAGAAACCCUCGGAAGGUGCUCUUUAUAUGGAUGGUUCCUCGGGAUAUUCUAAAGAGGAUGACGUAGUUUUACCGGGCAAGGUUCACAAUUACACGUGGGUUAUAACACAGGGACCGUCAGAAUCUGACCCACCGUGCAUUCCCUAUGUUUAUCAUUCUCAUAUCAAUAUGGCGAAAGACACAAACUCGGGAUUAAUCGGUGUCUUACUCAUUUGUAAAAAAGGCACACUUAACUAUGAUCACACAAGAAACGAUGUUAGUAACGAACUGGUUGUUCUCAGUAAAGCUUUCGACGAGAACCAGAGUUGGUAUAUGGAUCAGAACUUGAGACAAUGUGGAAGCAUAUUCGUCUGUAAGAGAACGAGAAAGAUGGGCGAGAUCCACUGGGUCGAGAGCAACAUCAUGCACUCUAUCAAUGGACGAUCGUUUUCCAAUUUAGAAGGAUUAGCGACUUGUGCUGGUGAUAAGGUGGCUUGGUAUUUCUUAUCCUUUGGUGAUGAAUUGGAUGCUCAUUCUAUAUUUGUUGAAGGACAAGUCAUGAAAAUACAGCAUCAGAAAAAGAGCACAGCCUCUGUGUAUCCCGGGACAACGGAAGCUGGUUUUAUGAUAGCACAUGGUCCUGGACGUUAUCGAGUUAGCUCCAUGAUGGAAGACCAUUACGAAGACGGAAUGUCCGCCUUCUUUGUUGUGAACGAUUGUCUGUAUCCCAAUGCAUCACUUCCGGUAACCACACAGACACGAGCGUACUUCUUGAGUAUAGAGGAGGACGCCUGGGACUAUGCAUCGUCUGGACAAGAUCAACUUACGAAUACAACUCUAACAGAGGGACCGAUUUCUAGCCUUUUCUUUGAUAAAACUGCCAAGAUUGGCGGAAAAUAUAUCAAAGCAAGAUAUAUCCAAUACUUAGACCAAACUUUCACGUCUCCAAUAGAUCGAAAACCGGAUGAGAAACAUAUGGGAAUAAUGGGACCUGUUAUUCGAGUUGAAGAAGGCGAGGAGGUGAUAGUACACCUGCAGAACAAAGCUACAAAGACAUAUUCUUUUACUGCGCAAUCUCUCUACUCUAUACCCGAAAAUUCGGGUUACUCAUCAGGGUUAUUCGCUGGUUCCGAAAAAGAGUAUAGAUUUCAAGUUCCUACCAACGUCACUAGACCCAAUGACCCUGACUGUGUUGUCAGGAUGUAUUACUCCGCCACGGAUUUCACGAGGGAUGUGAAUGCUGGGUUGAUUGGACCUCUAUUGAUAUGCAGAACAGGAACGCUAAAAGCCGAUAAUCAACCGGUAAAUAUGUUCAAAUGUUUGUCACAUUAA